UUUCUGUUUCUAUCUUCACUUCAGAAGAACUAAAUCCAGAAAACUUGGGUGAAAUUACUCUGUUGUCAAAACUUCAUAAUGACCUCACUAACAAGCUGGAUACCAGUCCUAAUGAUGUUUCUUCUUCUCUUACAUUUUUGGAAAGCAAAGGCCUGUGCUUCUGGAAACUCAGAGGAAAUAGAUCUCACGUAUCUUAUUAUAGGAGUUACUCUUGGAGCCUUUCUAGCAAUUGGUUUUAUAGCAGUAAUAAUUUGCAUGAUCAAAAAACAAAUGCUUGACCAUGUCUUCAGAGGGGAAGCAACUGAUUUUGUUGUGGCAGCAAAAUUUAGCAGCCUUAACGAUGAUCUUACACUGACCUCUCAGAUGAUUCCUCGUUCCAGUCUGCAAGCAGUUGCUAAAAGGUCAAACAUGGGAUCGAGCCAGAACAGAGAUGACACCAACACACCAGAACAGCAAAGUACAAAUAAGCAAUAAUCCUUUUGCUAUUGACAGUUACCUGUUCUGAGAAUCAAUGGAUGCCUCUUGAACACAAACAGGAAUCUCACUAGCAGCAAUUCCUUUCUUUGUUCUGUAAUUGAAAGACUAAUCGAUUGAUUGACUACAGGAAGAGCUUACAGUGUGUGCUAACUUCCAUCACCUGCACCACAAAGCCUGCAAUCCCCAACAGCAUGCACAAGAAGGAAAUGUAUGAGGAAAACAAACAAGAUGAGCUCUGCUCAUUAACAGAUCCUGUUUAGUCUGUGACAAGUGUAUGAUUGAUUUCUAAAAUCAAUUAAAUACAGAGUAAACGAAAAGCUAGCAAUACAUUUUGGCUGCAGAAUUCACAGUUGUGCUCAUAUUUCAAAUGAGGUUGAAUUAAAACUCAUUCAUUUGAGACUGAAGUAAGAUGGGAAAGAUAAUUUGUGUUCAUUUGAAAACAUUUCAUUCACACCAAAGUUAUACUUCUAAAAUCCACCCAUCUUCAUUUUAUUCAAUUUAAAAGAAAUGCACUAAAUUCAAGCUGAAUUCAGGAAUCAUUUCGGUGUCCCAUUUCUUCACUCUUUUUCUAGCCUUGUAUAUUCUGUUCACUUUGUUUCCAUCAGCUCCGCAUCACUUAGAUCUAGUUACAGCCUUCUUACAAAUGACAAAAAGAAAGAAGGGCAACUCAACUCCAGCUUGGAAAACCUGUAUCUUAUUAAAAAGUGUGACUUGAAAAACUCAUGGAUAGCAGGUGCCCCCACCCAGUAAGUAACUUCCAGACUUGGAACAGCCACAAUCAGCCCCACUUGUUAUAGGCAGAGCUGAUGCACUGUGUCAGGGGUUUACAGUCAAAACCUUCAGAGCAGAAAUAUCAAAACUGUAUUUUGUUGAGGAAGAUAUUGUUCUAAAUACCAAUGGAAACUGAAAUGAUUUGGAUGUAUUUUUUGUAUUUUUGUUCUGACCAUAGCAAGUCAGGUAAUUUUUCCUGUACAAAGGAAACCCUGUUAUUUGAUUUUUAAUUUUUUUUUUAAAUGUUUUGAACAAGAAAAUGCAAGUUUCAUUUCAGAGAAAAGUGAUAUAUUGGAAUAAUUUCCCUGGAUUCCCUAGGUGUCUGUUACCCACUUCAGUACCAGUGCAGUUCAUUAGUAGCGUUUGCUAAUGGAUAAACUAAAGCAGUAAUGUGAUGCUUGCAAGUAAUUGUGUGCGUGUACAUGUGUAAGUGAAUAAACCAUCUUGUAAGGUA